AUGACAUCAAAAUCAAAUAGAAUCAAGUUAUGGGAAGAAAACUGCCCGGUGUUAAAAGAUUCGAAAUUUCUGCAAAACUAUCAGUUGUAUGAAGAAAUCAUAGGGGAAGGAUCAUUUGGAACAGUAAUCAGAGCGAAAUGUAGAUGUUCUCAGAAAUUAAGAGCAAUCAAAGCAAUCCGAAGGAUAAAUAAAGUGGACAUGCUGACGAUUGAGCUGGAAUUGUUAUCAGAACUUGGUGGACAUUUCAAUAUUGUUAAACUAUACGAUUUUUUCCAUUUCAAUGGUUCAGUGGCUAUUGUUCUUGAGUAUUUUCCACAUUGUGCAGCAACAGAGCUCCUGUAUCAUUCAAAAAGUGAUGAUAAAUUUGCACUUCUGUACAUCCGAAAUCUUCUAACUGCUGUCUCUUAUCUUCAUCAAAAUGGAUAUGUGCAUCGUGACAUCAAAUUAUCCAAUUUCUUGUAUUCACAUAAAACCAGAAGCUUCCGACUUGUAGAUUUUGGGCUAGCCACUAUUGACCGGUCGAAAAAUGAAAUGUCUAGAAAUGCCGCCGCUUCAGCCAUGUGCAGAGAAGGACCUUGUACUGUAUGUGAUGGUUUUGGAACACCCUGCAUGUUUUGCGGAAAAAAGCCAAAGAGAGAAAAUGUUCACAUUGUUGGAACUCCCGGUGUCCGUGCUCCGGAAAUUCUCUUCGGCAUUGGUCUGUGUAAUCCCGCGAUAGACAUUUUUUCUUGUGGAAUUGUACUUCUGUCACUCGUAUCUCUGAAACAUCCAUUCUUCAUGCCAAAAGAUGAAACAGAAAAUAUCUAUCAUCUGGCCUUCCUACUAGGAUCUGAAUCGAUAGAAAAUAUGGGAAGACUUGAAGGACUGCGGGUGACACUUUCGGAAAAACUUCCUCCUGCCGAUUAUUAUCACUUAGUGAUGUCGCUUAGGCACGGGUUUCAAUAUAUGCGGAUGAAUUUCACACCUAAAAAGUGUCAACUCUGUCACAAAAGGUCUUAUAACAACCCGACGGGAGUAUGUUUUUGCCGAGAAAACUACCAAACCAACAUGUUCUACACUGGAGAGAACGAUAAAGAUAUUAUGACACUUUAUGUGGAUCUACUGUAUAGAGCACUUGAGCCGGAUAGAUUCAAGCGGUACACUGCUGAUCAGCUACUUUGUGUCAUCGAAUCAUUCGAUCGUCGUCAUAACUACGUACCAAAACCAUUGUCAAAUAGAGAUGAUGAUUAA